AGACUUGCAGGACACAAAGUCCCAUCUGGCAGAUUUGGCAGCAGCUCGCCGCCCACCCAUAGCGGACAAUCAGCGGCCUAUGUUUCACGCCAACCCUGGUUGGCGUCCCGGACUAUGCCCCCGACUUUGGAUCCGGCCCCGCGCAUGCGCGUGGAUGCACCUCGGUUCUCGGGCGAAGACCCUACCUAUUGGAUAUUUUGGGUUCAAAAAUACUUUGAUUACUUCCUCACACCGGAACCGGAACGUUGGCAUUUGGUUGCGAUGUUGAUCGGCCAUCCGGCGUCGGAAUGGUUUCACUACUAUCAAGCCAAUAACCCUACGGCAACCUGGUCGGAAUUCUUGGAAGCCGUCCAACAGCGGUUUGAUCCGACUUAUUAUGAGAACUAUGUGGGGCUUUUAUCCAAGCUGACGCAAAAUUCUACGGUGCUCGCCUAUCAAACGGAAUUUGAAACACUCCUCAACAAAGUCUCCGACAUUCCUGAGCACACUCUUGUCGCGAUGUAUAUCGCCGACCUCAAACAACAUAUUCAACGGGAGGUCAAUCUUCACAAUCCUACGACGUUGCCCCUCGCGUUUGCCCUAGCACGCAAACUCUCGACAUGCCAUAUAGAGGCUGCAGGUUCGUCUGUUCGGGAUGUGCGACGCCCAUGGUCUCCUCGGCCGUCACCUCCCUCUACGGCAGGUUUACUUCCCACUCUGGUGCCGUCCGGCAAGCCUCCCCCCACGGCAACAGCGGGUCGAAACAGCAACCCCGCCUCCAAACUUCUCAUCGUUCGUCUCACGAAUGCUGAGAAAAUGGAGCGUAACAAAAAAGGACUAUGUUGGUAUUGUGAUGACAAGUGGGUACCGGGCCAUAGUUGCAAACAUCGUUUCUUGCUUUUAAUGGGCCCCGAUGAGGACGAGGUUUCCCGGGAGGAUAGUGGUGGCCUACUCACCGACGACGACACAAUCACAACGGACAUCUCUAGCCUUCAUUCACUGGCGGGCAAUCCAAAUCCUCGAGCAUUAAAACUGGCCGGCAUGUUGCAUGGUUCGGCCGUCCAGGUUCUCUACGGAUGCGAACCCCCGUCUAUUUUCCCUACUCUCUCUAUUCGUGCUCGGGUUCCGGAAGUGGAGGAGGUCUUGCGUGAGCGAGCGGAAUUGUUAGAGGAUUUGAAGGCGAAUCUCCAGCGCAUGCAGCAGCGCAUGCGUGACUGUGCGAACGAGAACCGGCGGGAUGUGACCGCUGUGGCUUAUUGCCUACGUCUUCCAUGGGAUGUCGUAUUCACGACGUCUUCCAUGUCUCCUUGCUUCGGCCAUUCGUUCAACGUGAAGCAACACCACCGCUGCCAUCCUUACCAGAUUGCUUCUUCAAAGGCUGGCCACUCUCUGUUCCUCUUGAUGCUUUACAAAGCCGUACGGUCCUCGUGGAUGGCAGCCCCCAAGAGAAGUGGUUGGUCCGAUGACUGGCUCCCUCCUAGUUUUCUUCCACCGGGGAUCCACGAACACUUCCCCGAUGUAUAUGCUCCUCACCUAUUUUCUCCUUUGCGUGGGGGAGUCUCCGCCUUCCAGUCUGCCGAAUAUCAUCUUGAUAUGCUCCUUCUCGGCUUGCGAUCUUUGCUCAUUGUGCCGGUCAUCCUUUCAUCCCUUGUCCUGCUUGCCCUUUCGUCUUUCCGGCCUCACCCACUGGUGGUUCUUCUCUUGCGCCUUGCGCAAAUACUCCCCAUCCAGUUCUCCGUUUUCAAUCAUCUACCUGAUCACGCCCUUGACACUUUUGCACUUGGAGGUGUUGUGGGAGUCCAUUUUGUGAUACACAUGGUGAGAAUGAAGAUUGCUCUACCUCAGAGAUGGACCGGAAAAAGUACACCAAAGAAGAAGAAGAAGAUAUUCAAAAAGCCCUCCUGGACAAAGCUUUUCGCCAUGCCUAGCACAUCGUCAAGCACUCAUACACCCAUCAACGAAGAAAGGGAACAUGCACCCGAUGAACUCCCUACUAAAGAGGAUGUGCUGAAGAACCCCAUUCUUCAAUUAACAGAGGUUCCUCUCUUGAAAUACAUCCCAUCAACCCUACCAGACAACGAGAGUUCUCAGAACCCUAGCCAAGAAUCAAAAAGGGGGAUGUCUAUGGAAGAUGAAGAAUCACUAAAGGGGGUGUCUGAGCCUGAGUUUGUGGGUGAAAUACUUGAAGAAGAACCCCUAAUUGCAUGUUCAAACGUUCCAUUUCAAGAUCCAGAUUCAAAAUGCAAAAGAAGAAAAGAGAGGAAGAAAAACCUAUCUGGACCAAGCCGAUGGUCACUGCAGAAAAUAAAAGACUCACCAGUUCCUGAUGACAAGUCUGAAGAAGAAAGGAAGGAACAGAAGAAUGUGUCCACUACAAAGGCAAAGAAAAGGAAAGGACAGGAUGCUGCUACUACGCCUACCAAGAAGGCCAAACCAUCUGGAGAAGCACAGACAAGCGGAGCAAGAAAGACAAGAAGCUCCUCUACAUCAAAGGUUGCUGAACCUGCUACACUCUCAGGAAAGUCAUCUUUGCACAAUUUCAUCUCAAUUUCUGCUAGAUCUCAUUUCACUGAUAUUGCAAAGAAAUUUAUCAUUCCUCAAAGGAACUUGGAUAUAAGUGAUUUUAAAAAGAAAACCAACCUCCUGCCUGUUCUUGAGUCCAACAACUUGUUCAAAUCUGUCACCUUGCCUGGAUCUUAUGUCAAGAAAGUGAUUCAAGAAUUUUUCUGCAACUUAUCUAAUGCUUGUAUGACCGAUGAUGACCCCUCAUUUCACAAAGUCUUUGUCAAAGGAAAAUUCUAUAAUUUUUCUCCAACUGUCAUCAACACACUUCUGGGUACAACCUCUUGUUCUGUGGUUUCCCCCAUUGAUGAAGACACCAUAUGGCAUGAUCUUACAAAUGGUGUGAGAAACUCACAACAUGGAAAAUUAAAAGUUCCUUCCUCAGUACUCAAGAGUUCUUAUGCCCUCCUUCUCAAAAUAGCUUCUUAUCACUGGCUUCCAACUACCCACACAAACACAGUGCCUCUCUGUAUGGCAACCCUCAUCUACAGGUUUAAGCAUUGUAAACCUUUUGACUUGGGUAAAUUAGUGUUUGAUCAGGUCAUGACCUUUGCAGCUACAAAAUUCAAGACAAAUCAAAAUGGCCUCCCAUAUCCCCUGCUGAUUUACAAUAUCCUGAAAAGUCAGGGAUUCACUAAAGAAGACUGUGAAGAAGAAGAACAGGUUCCACCUUUGCUGCAAGCAGAUAACAGACACUUUGAAGGCAAGCAUUUCAAUGACAUGGUUACAGCUGGAGCAUCCCCUGCAGCAAUACCAAAUCCAGCCUCAGUAGACAACCAGCUCAGUUUUCUUGAUAAGGAGAUCAAAUCCCUCCAAAUGGAUGCAGACUAUCAUCAUGAAAUUGCUCAAAGAUCCACUGAAAGGAUGAAUGUGCUCAUUCAGAUUGCACACACCCUGAGGCAAACAAGGCAUGCAUAGAGUAAGGGGGAGAAACUGGCUAAAUGCAAGAAUGCUGCUGCACACUCAAACACAGAUGACGAUGAUCAAGAAGACAGUGCAGAAGAGAUCUCUUCAUCAGACUCUGCAGGGGCCUCUCAAGAAUCAUCAAAAAAUGCCAGUUCAAAGG